GAGACACAGACAGAGAGUAAGGAGACAUUGUCCGGGACAGAGACAGAGACCGAGCCGCUCGAGCUCUACAUCGCGACGGCAAAUGGACAUUUCGAGCGGAAUGAAGAGUAAAGUUUGAUGAGUUUGAGGAGCAGCGAGCAGUGAGUGUGUUCUGACCUGGAUCCAGUGAGGGCUUUGGGAGACACAGGGCGAGGGGUGAGGGGUGGGCGAGCGAUUUACUGGGUCAAACAAACCGACUACCCCCACCACUGAAGAAGGGAAGGUCAGAAGGAAAAGAAGAAAAACCACAGACAAAGCGCUGAGGAAACCAUGAACACUGAAAAGAAGUGAGGUGAACUGAUCUGGAGAGAGAAGCACAAUGUCACGGUCAGAUGAGGUCAACAAAAUGACAGAAAAUGUCUACAAGGGCAUUCUGGACCAGUUCAACCCCAGUCUGAAGAAUUUUGUCACCAUGGGCAAACACUAUGAAAAGGCUCUGACGGGCGUCACAAUAGCAGCGAAGGGUUAUUUUGACACUCUGGUCAAACUAGGAGAGCUGGCCAGUGACAGCCAGGGCUCAAAGGAACUAGGUGACACGCUGUUCCAGAUGGCAGAGGUUCAUCGGCAGAUCCAGGUCCAACUAGAGGAUGUGCUGAAGCUGUUUCAUUCAGAGAUGCUGUCUCAACUCGAGCAGAAACUGGAGCUAGACAUCAAAUAUCUGACUGCGACGCUGAAGAAGUACCAGAGUGAGAGGAAGUCAAAGGUGGAGUCCAUUGAGCGCUGCCAAUCACAGCUGAAGAAGCUGCGGAGGAAGAGCCAAGCUAGUCGCCAUCCCAACAAAUAUGGAGACAGAGAGAUGCAGUAUGUGGAGCUGAUGAGUCGCCGGCAGGGCGAGCUGGACUCUCUGGUUGCCGUUGGUUACCGCUCCGCUCUGACAGAAGAAAGGCGGCGCUAUUGCUUUCUGGUGGACCGUCAGUGUUCAGUCACCAAGAUCCUCACCAACUACCACUGCAAGGUGAGAGAGCUGUUGUCUCAGAAGCUGUCGUCGUGGCAACAGUCAUGUGCGCAGCCAACCAAGCUCCCGGAGCGAGCGCUGAGCCUGCUGCGUCACACCGCCCCCCAGAGCUCUGGAGGAGCAGGACUCGCCGAGGUCCUGCGCAAUGCUAAACUGGGAAUCACUCAGCCCGCAGAACAAAGGCUGUCUGUGCAGGAAGUCCCGCCUCUGUUGAAUGGUGACAGUCGUCCUCAGCAGCAGCAGCGCUCGUCUCAGUCUGUCCCGGGCCUUCAGUCUCACCUGAACCCCUCCAGUAGUGGACACGCCCAGUACUCUUCUUCAGCCAGCCCCGCCCACUCACAGACAGCAGUGGGCGUGUCUGGGUUACAGUCUCCUCCCUCCAUUAGCCACACCUCCAUCUCCUCCCACAGUUCCCUGCUGGGCCUGACUCCGCCCCUAACGGCCCCCCACAGCGGCCCUCUGUCCCGCGCGCUCACACCCGUCCUGCUGUCCGGCUCUGCCGCUGCUGUCAGUGUGCUGAAGGCUCCCGAGCUCUACUCCACCUCCACACUGCCGCUGCCGAGGAGACAGUCCAGCGAGACUCGUCAGGGAUUCAUGGGCUCGACUCUUCCCCGAGUGCUUCCGCUCUGUGCUCCGUCCCGUGUGGAGGCUCUGUUCCCUCACUCCCCAGACUCCUGCGAGGCAGAGAAGCCAGGAGACCGAGGAGGAAGCUCAUGUCUGCUGUCCUUCCUGCCUGGAGACGCUCUGUCCCUGCUGAUCAGUGAACCCAGAGACGGCUGGCACUACGGACAGAACGAGCGCUCGGGACGAAAAGGCUGGUUUCCCUUCUCCUACACACAGCCUUUCCCCAGCACUCCCGGACAAGAGCUCAGUCCUCCAGCUCUGUCGAAGGUGAACAGCAGCAGUAUGGGGCAGCUGGACAGCCUUCCCCCCGCGGGUCAGAUGCCGCAGGUCAGUCCUGACUCCGAGGACGAGAGGAGCGUCUUGUCCCAGCGCAUCAGCACCUUCAGACCGCGACCCUACAGCUUGAUGAACCCCGAGACCAGCAGGAUGAGGAUGUCGACUGAUUUCACCUCGACGCCUCCGUCACCCAGCAGGAUCAACCCGUUCGCUCAUAUUCGACUCAAGAAGACGGUGACCAAUGAUCGCUCCGCCCCACUGAUACAGCAGAGCCUUUGAUUGACAGCCAGAGAUGCUCCUGUGAAUGCUUCAUGAAUAACCCAACCUCUGAGAGGCAGAGUUUACACUUUUGCCAACAGAAACCCAUUUAUACAAUAACCAGUAUCAGAGAAUGAAGUGCAGUUCAAUGCAUUUAGAUCAUUUAGGAUUUAGCUGAUCAAAUGCAUAUUCAAUAUAUAUUACGUUAUCAGAAAAUGAAAUAUUUCAAGAGGGUUUUAUGUAUUUCGGAUGAGUGCACAUGGGAUAGAACAUGGAAAAAUUGACCUCUAACGUUUGAUUGUGGAUUCUUCAGUAUUUGAACUCCUUUAUUGUGAUGUGUGAUGUCUGCAGUGAAAAUGAUGACAAAGCUUUUGGCGACUGAUAUUUGUGGAGAUGAUUCCCGAUUUAGUUUCAUGAAAUGUAUUAGAUGUACAGGGUGGUGAGUAUAAAAAAGAGAUGUAUUUUCUGGUACACAAAUGCACAUUUCAUAAUCAAAUUUUUUUAAAGGAAUAGUUGAUCCAAAUGUAAAUUAUGUGGUGAUUUACUCACUGUCCAGU